CAACAAUCCUCUCUGUUCUCAAACACACAAAACAGUGUCGUCCAUUUGUUUUUUAAUACUCCGUAAGCCUCUCCUUUAAGCCAUCCCUCACUCCCCUUUCUAAAUUCUCUCUUUCAAACACUUCUUUUCCUCCCCAAUGGCUUUAGCGACGAAAGAAACGUCGGUGAUUCUUUUUAUUGUUCUUUUUAUAUCGUUUUUCUUGAUUAUGCCGUCGUAUCCAGCCUCCGAUUCCUUCGUCUUCGGUGGCUGUUCGCAGCUUAGAUACACGUCGGGCUCGCCUUAUGAGACCAACGUGAAUUCGGUACUCACUUCCCUGGUUAACGCCGCCAUGUACACGUCGUACAGUAACUUCACGGUACCGGGCUCGGCCUCUCAGGACACUGUCUACGGCCUGUUCCAGUGCCGGGGCAACCUCGACGGAGGUGACUGUGGCCGGUGUGUGGCGAGAGCCGUGAGUCAACUGGGUACUCUUUGCCUUGACUCGACUGGUGGGGCUUUGCAACUCGAGGGGUGUUUCGUUAAGUAUGACAAUACGAGUUUCCUGGGCGUGGAGGACAAGACUGUGGCGGUCAAAAAAUGUGGGCCGUUGAGUUCGUCUUACUCGGACGGAUCAACUCGUCGUGAUGCGAUGUUGGGUUACUUGGGAUCGAGUGAUGGGACAUACAAGCCGUUCCGAGUUGGCGGGUCAGGGGAUUUACAGGGUGUGGCUCAGUGCGUUGGGGAUUUGAGUCCAAGCGAGUGCGAAGAUUGCUUAUCGGAGGCGAUCGGACAGCUCAAAACCGAGUGCGCGGCGGCCAAAUGGGGUGACAUGUACUUAGCCAAGUGCUACGUGCGGUACUCGGAAGGUGGAAGCCACUCCCAUAGCCAAAAUGAUACGAACGACGAUGACGAUGAGAUCGAGAAGACACUGGCAAUUCUAAUCGGACUCAUUGCCGCAGUUGCUCUGCUCAUACUCUUUGUAUCAUUUUUAUCAAAGCUCUGUGAGAAAGGCAAAGGUGGUAAAUAAACAGACACGCUGCUAAGGAUACAAGCAAAAAACCCUUUUAAUCUGGUGAAUCCUUUAGCUGUAAUUUUCGAUUUUUCUUUACAUUUUGAUGGUACGGAAACAGGUGCCUUCGAUCAAAGUGAAGAGAAAGUUGCGGUCUAAGAUGAAAAAAGCCUAAGAACUGCGACCAGUUGAGAUUUUCAACCAUGGCGAAACCCUGUUUCUGAGUGUAUAAUUAGUGAACACUUAAAGUGGAGAAGGAACAAGUGUUCUUUCUGGUGAUGUAAUUGGUGGAUAUGUUGGCUGUAAUUACAACUUUUGCUUACUUUAUAGCAUAUGGUUGGCAAAAGCUUGAAUUCUUCGUCUAUACUUUUAUAUUAUAUUUACAUAUAAUUUGUUUACUUUA